AUGGAUGACCGCGCGACUUCUACCGCGACGGCAGCGCUGCAGCUGCCUAUCCUUCCUCUUGAUGGAAAAGUGCUCUUCCCGCGCACGUACCUGCGCCUGGCCAUCACAUCGGCGUCUGCGCUACAGCUUCUCAAGGACCUAGUGUGGGAAGUACGCUCUCCCAAGACGCCCAAGCGGAAUGCAGGCGACUCUGCGGCCUCUACGUCGCUUACGCUGGCGAUCUUUACCCGUCGCGACAGCGCCGAGGGCGACGCAGACUCCGGGCAGCUGUUGGCCACAACAGCGGAGGCCAAAGACGCAGUCUACAGCGUGGGCACAGUGGCGCGCGUCGUGCAGCUCACACGUAUGCAAGGCGGCGUCGCCGGUCUCUCGGUACUGGUGCAAGGUUUGCAUCGUGUGCAGCUGCAGGACGUGGCUCAGACCAGACCGUAUCUUGUGGGAUCAGUCCAGAGACUGGUGGCGCCAGUACCGGUACCCGUAAAGGGAGCCAAGACGGAGGACACGGCGCUAACCCUCGAGCAAGUAGCACUGAGACUGAAACACUUGACUCAGGAGUAUCUCGAGACAGCUAAAAGCGCGCCACUAUUACGUCGAAGCAAUGGGCUUAUGGACGCCAUUGGCAACUCGUCGGCGGGAGAGCUGGCCGACGUGGUGGUGUCCUAUCUCAAUGUGGGAGUCGGGGAGAAACAACAGGUGCUGGAGGCUGUGCCCAUCGCUCUUCGCUGUGAACGUGCCGUAUCUCUGUUGGAGCAGGAGACGGAGAAAGCGCGAUUGCAACGCAAGAUCCAGAGUGAGGUGCAGGACAAACUGGAGGGCACUCGCAAGGAGUUUCUGCUACGACAGCAACUUGAAGCCAUCAAGAAAGAGCUGGGAGAAGCUGGAGAUGACGGGGCUGGCGGGGACAAUGCAGGCGAGAUCAAACUACUGGAAGAUCGGCUCAACGCUCUGACUCUGGACCCCAAGGCCUCCAAGAUCGCACAGCGAGAGCUGCGUCGCCUUAAAGGCAUGACUGCGAUGCAGCCGGAGUAUGGCAUUCUCCACAACUAUCUCGAGUUUUUCUCCGAGUUGCCAUGGAGCAUUUCUACAGCGGAUUCCUUAUUAGUGGAGCGAGCGCGCAAGCAGCUUGACGCAGACCACUAUGGCUUGGACAAGGUGAAGAAGCGCAUCACCGAGUACAUUGCUGUUCGUAGUCUAAAGCGUGACAUGCGUGGCCCCAUUCUGUGUCUUGUGGGACCUCCAGGCGUCGGGAAAACUUCGCUGGGGCGCUCCAUUGCUACAGCCACUAACCGCAAAUUCGAGCGAGUGGCGCUAGGUGGAGUUCACGACGAGUCAGAGAUCCGUGGUCACCGCAAAACGUACGUGGGUGCUAUGCCAGGCUGCAUUUUGAACGCGCUUCGUCACGCCGAGACCAACAAUCCGGUGCUGCUGUUGGAUGAGGUGGAUAAGUUGGGUAAAGACUUCCGAGGUGACCCUGCGAGUGCGCUGUUGGAAGUGCUGGACCCCCACCAGAACAACACAUUUACGGAUCAUUACCUGAAUGUACCGUUUGACUUGAGUCGGACUCUGUUCCUAGCAACGGCCAACAGUUUGGACACCAUCCCGGGCCCUUUGCUGGACCGUAUGGAAGUCAUUGAGCUAAGUGGCUACAGUGUCGAGCAAAAGGUGGAAAUUGCCCGUCGCUAUCUUCUCCCACAACAAAUUGAGGCAAACGGUCUACGUGAGGGCAUGGUGCGCAUUUCAGAUGAAGCCUUGCGCUUCCUUGUCAUGCGAUACACUCGCGAGGCUGGAGUACGUGACUUGGAACGACAAGUUGGCGCACUCUGUCGCUACGUGGCUGUGGAUGUUGUACGAGAGCUGGACGAGAGUGAUGACAAGCAAGAGAAGAAGGAUGGCGACAACUCGGAUCGCCUGGCCGCUUUUGAUCCGAUCUUCAUCGACAAGAAGAUGAUCCGCGCCAUUCUUGGGCAUGAGCUCGUGUUUAACGAAGUGGCACUUCGCUCUAGUGUUCCUGGCGUGGCCACUGGCAUGUCGUGGAGCACAGCUGGCGGCUCUAUCCUCUUCUUGGGCGAUGUGAUGAAGGAAUCAGCGCAACUUGCUCUCUCCUGGUUGCUGGUGAAUGCGCAUCUAAUUGAGUUCCCGCAUAAAGUGAGAACACAAGCUGAAGCUGGCGAGUUGUCGGGGUCUAACACUCUGUCCUUGGAUGACAUUUCGAGUGUCCACGUCCACUUCCCUGAAGGAGCCAUUUCCAAGGAUGGUCCCUCUGCUGGCGGUGCGAUUGUGUGUGCUCUUCUCUCAGUAAUCUCAGGCCUCUCGGUCCCUGUCGACAUCGCGAUGACUGGAGAAAUUACCCUGCGCGGCGUUAUUUUACCGGUUGGAGGCAUCCGUGAGAAGGUACUGGCAGCAAUCCGUGCGGGUAUCAAGCGAGUGAUCUUACCGCGUGGAAAUAAAAGCGAGGCCGAGGAGCUGCGUAAGGAGUUUGCCGGUGUUUCCACUGAUAACACACGCGAACGCGAUCACCGCAAGGAUCGAGUCCAGCUGCUGUUCGUGAGCGACCUACGCGAGCUGAUUCAGAUUGUCUUCCACAUGAAAGUUCGCGAGGACCCUGGUGUUCGACGACUCAAGAGUGCCAGAGCUGGCGGAGGCGUUGACUACUCCUCUGACCCUGUGCUACUUAGCAUGCUCUAG